UUUAUGACUUGUUUUCAACAAUUUGUUUACAAUUCCUGUGAAACACAUCCAAAGAAAUGGCAAAAUUAGUGAGUUUCGGCGGUUUCGGUCACCAUAUGAGGACCUCAUGGAUGGCUCAACACAAGUGUCUGGCGUUGACUUCGACGCCACUGAGAGCGCAGUCCUCGUCCUCGUCCUCCUCCGAGUUGUCGACCAAUCCGUCGACACUUCCGGUCAACAAAAAGGGAUACUCGCCGUUCACCCAACCGGCGUCGCGUGCGGACUACGCCCUGUCCCGUGUGGACGACCUGCUAAACUGGGCGCGAAAGAACUCUCUGUGGCCGCUCACCUUCGGACUCGCCUGUUGUGCGGUGGAGAUGAUGCACAUCGCGGCCCCCAGAUAUGACAUGGAUAGGUUCGGGGUCGUGUUCAGGGCCAGUCCACGCCAGGCCGACGUGAUCAUAGUGGCCGGCACUCUCACCAAUAAGAUGGCGCCCGCCCUCCGCCGCGUCUACGACCAGAUGCUUGAGCCCCGUUGG